GCCGAAGUACUCAAGAAUGCGGGCAAUGAGGCGUACUCAAAGAAAGAUUUUGCCAAAGCUUUUUCCUUUUACACGGAAGGAAUCAGAAUUCAAUGCACGGAUAAAGAACUUGUUUCCAAGCUGUACAACAACAGAUCGACGGUAUACUUCAAUUUAGGUAAAAUAAUGAAUGAGAGAUCAGAAACUAACUUUCUAUUUACUCAGGUGCGUGGUAUUUAAGGAUAUCCCUAUAGAUUUCCUUUAAUAUUCAGUUUAGAGAUUGCACCCUCAUUUCUUGUAAAAGUAAGACUCGCUAACCGAAGGAAACCUUUGGCUGUCUCUGUCUUUUUAUCCAAUGUUCAAGCUCUUCAAAAUCAAGUGCUAAAGAUGGUGCUGAAGAUGUUUUAAUGGUGAUUCUUAUGCCUUUUAAAAAUACAGCUUCUCAUUGUUCUAGAACGAAAAAAAGAAAGAGGGAGAAAGUUUACAUAGUACUGAGUAAUUCUUAAAUGAGACGUUUUCAAAAAAGGCCGACCAGAAUUAAGUACCGAAUAAUUUGAUACGGCGCUUCGAUGAGUUAAUACCGUAAACGGUGAGUCCGAGUGUAACAGUUGCGUCCAUUUUUUAUAAGACGGGGGCCGUAAACCAAAUUUAGUUUUUAUGUGCGUGCUGCCUAUCAGCUAAGUGCCACUUAAAUUUUUAAAUUUUUUCGUCUCAAUGAGAGUCAGUUUUUUGCGUAAGGGCGUCCGGAAUUAUAUUUUGAUAUAUAUAUCUUUUUCAGAGAAUUACCAUGAUUGUCUGAAUGACGUAAAAGCUGCAACAGCACUACAACCAUUUUAUCCCAAGGCGAUUAUCAGAGGUAAAAAUGAAACUGACUUAAAAAUCUCAAGCUUUAUUUCUCUUCUAUGACAAAUGACAAAUGAGUCAACUUUGUUUCACUAGGAGCGAGCGCCUGUUUAAAGUUGAAGCAAUUUGAAGAAGCCAUGAUCUGGUGUGAUAAGGGGCUGGCCGUAUCCUUUCUUAGA